UUCGCGUCUUAUUUUGCCCGGCCGUAAUUUUCAGAUACGAUGUAUGUAUUCAAUGACACAUUUGGUGUUUUAUUGUCGAGUGGAAUGAAUAUUGAAGAAUGAUCGGAGUUUCGGCGGUGAUUUUCGGGGUGGUUUUGUUGUUAGGGGUAGCCAGUGAGCCGGAUGAUCUCCAGUUCGUUAGGGCAGGUAACACGAAUGUGAAUGAAGCUAUUCAGUUCCUCAGAGAAUACGACUCAGAAGCUUCUGAAAUGUGCUUCAGGGUAAAUGCCGCUCAGUGGCAGUAUUCCACCAACAUGACGGAUCUUCUCAAGAGGAAGAUGGUUGAAGAACAAACGCUGAAGGCAAAAUUUGACAAACUGACUUGGAAGAAAGCAUCCAUCUUCGACUGGGCUGCGAUACCAGAUCCUGUGGUCAGACGACAAUUGAAGUUAUUGACCGUUGAUACCAGGGCUAGUUUGUCCGAUGAGAAGUACAACGAGAUAUACCAUUUGAUAUCCGAGAUGAAAGAUAUUUAUGCAAAUAUCAAAAUUUGCUCGUACGCACCAAAGGUAGCCACCAAUGAAGUAAGUUAUUGUGAUUUAGACGCUGAUGAUGUUCAGAUGAUCAUGGCAAGAUCCAGAAAUCCUAAGGAAUUGGCUUAUAUAUGGAGGGAAUGGCACGACAAAAUCGGACCUCCGAUGAAGAAUAAGUUUAUGCGAUAUGUCGAUCUGGCAAAUCAGGCCGCUAGGAAGAACGGCUUUCUGGAUGCGGGUGAAGAAAUGAGAUACAUCUACGAAGACCUCAAUUUCGAGAACGAACUGGCCCAAUCCCUCCACAAACUGCAGCCAUUGUACAAACAAUUACUAACUUACGUCAGAAGGCAGCUGAUCAAGCAAUACGGGAAUAAGGUUGUCAGGCCCGACGGUCCACUGCCUGCUCAUAUUCUAGGGAACUUAUGGGCCCAAGAGUGGAUCAAUAUAGCUGAUAUAGUACUCCCCUAUCCCCAGUUUUCCAAUAUGGAUGUUACCGACGAAAUACUGAGGCAAGGCUUCACUCCCUUGAGAAUGUUCCAGAUGGCAGAGGAGUUCUUCACCUCGAUGGGUUUGAAACCCAUGCCCCCAGAAUUUUGGAGGCACUCGAUGAUGGAACGCCCCAACGGGAGGAAGGUUCAAUGUUCUGCGAGUGCGUGGGACUUUUGCAACAAUAUAGAUUUCAGGAUCAAGCAAUGUACAGAAGUUGACAUGAAAAAUCUCAUAACUAUUCACCAUGAGAUGUCGCAUAUUGAGUAUUACUUGUACUACGCCGAUCAACCGUUUCUAUACAGAGAUGGGGCUAAUCCAGGAUUCCACGAGGGGGUUGCAAACGCCAUAGUUCUUUCUGUGUUCAACCCGAAACAUCUGUGGAGAGUUGGACUUUUCAACAAUAAUACGGACAAAUACGAGACCAACAUCAAUUUUCUAAUGCUGAUGGCUUUAAAGAAGGUUGCCUAUACCCCUUUCGCCUAUUUGGUAGAACAGUGGAGGUACCAGAUCUUUGACUACGGCGUAACGAAAAUGAAUUCCGACUGGUGGGAUUUGAGGUUGAGGUACCAAGGAGUCGUUCCUCCCAUACCAAGAUCUGAAGCCCAUUUCGAUGCAGCUUCCAAGCGGCAUAUUCCUGCUGACAUGCACUAUCUGAGGUACUACGUGGCUUUGCUUCUGGAGUUCCAGAUCUACAAGCAGAUGUGCCAGGCAAGUGGACACAGUGGGUCCCUGCAUACUUGUGAUGUGUACAGAUCGAGGGAAGCGGGAAGAGUGCUGAUCGACAUUCUGAGAGUUGGAAAGUCAAAGCACUGGAGAGACGUAAUCAGGACCCUCACGAGAGGCGAAACAGACAAAAUAUCAUCAGACGCCAUGCUGGAAUACUUUGAGCCUCUACUGGAAUGGCUGGAAAAUAAAAACCGCGAAGAGAGGGUUAUAGGUUGGACAACUUACAGAGAAGAUAAAGCUUUGUUCCAACCACUAGUCUUCAGUUCGUCAGUUAAGAUUACACUUGAUGGCUUUAUUGCAUAUUUGAUACCACUCGUGGGGUUAGCAAUUAGAAUAAUGAUCUAAAGAAAGAAUUAUUGUGAUCUUAGGAAUAAUUAGCAUGUAAUAU